CACACACACACACGCAAGCGCAGCAGACUUAUGCUAUGCUUUGCGAUGCGAUGCGAUGCGAUGCGAUGCUAUGCGAUGCUUCGCGACGCAUGCAUUCAGUCUUUGUAAAGAAUUACUUCUGCGACGAAUGAAGAUUGUGUGGCCAUCAUGCAAUACGGAAUGGUUAACAAACACCGUUCGUGGACUACUUUUGCCACUAGCCAUGCCAACUCAACGACAAUGAAGGAAGGAGUACUGGAACUUAUCCGAUUCUUAAAAGGCCUGGAUCCACUUUUGGAAUUUUAUCGCGUACCUGUUGUUAUGGACGGCACUAUCGGCGCGAAAGUGUCACUGUUUAUGUUCGGCUGUCUGUGACACUCUGACACACACGUACACAAACACACACAUAUAUAAGUGUAUAUAUAUAUAUAUAUAUAUAUAUAUAUAUAUAUAUAUAUAUAUAUAUAUAUAUACUUUUGUAUCUUUAUACAUAUAUGCACACAAAAAGGAAUACAUCCACACAUGCAUAUGUUUAUACACAGGUUAAUACAUUCAUAAUUUGAUAAAUACAUACAUACACGCAUGUAUAAAUAAAUAAUAUAAACAUACAAACAUACAUCCAUAUAUAUAUAUAUAUAUAUAUACACACAUAUACUCAUACUUCCAUACAUGCAACCACACGUACAUAUUACGUACUUACGUACGUAAAGAUGUACAUGAGUGUUUAAAGCACAUGUAUAUACAUACACAAAUGCAUUCAUGUUUAUGACACACUGAAAGAGGCCCACAAACACACGUAAGUAUACAUGCACCAGCAUGACCGCAGCCACUUGGCUGAAACACAUAAAUAAAUAAAUACGUACAUACAUGCGGACAUACGUUCAUACGUACAUACGUUCACACAGAGAGAGACACACAUGUUCAGUCACAUUCGCAUAGGUUGUUUUAUGUCCGGUCUGUAGAACGAAUACAUAAACACGUAUAUCUAUGAUACGUAUAUAGAUAGAGAGAGACCCCACCUCCACCGCCUCAUCACACACAUACAUUCACACCUACAUUCACACAUACACACAAACUCUUACAAAAACACACACAUUUAUACAUUCACACAUUCAUAUUCCCCACACAGAGACAAACCCUUUUGUUCCCACUCUCCCCCAUUUCUUGUUUCCCUCUGUCUGUCACUUUGCCCCCACGUCUUUCUCUCUCUCUCUCUCUCUCCCUCUCAGUCUUUCAAACUCUCUCUCUCUGUCUUUCUCACAAUAUCUUUUGUUUUCCUCACCGUCAUCAUAUUAUCAGGUAUAUUAACUUGUCGUUUAGUUAGUUAGGCGGACGUGUGCGUGAGAGAGAAAGAUUAGUAUGCGAGUGUGCGUGCGCGUAUGUGUGUGUCUAUAUAUGUAUGUAUGUGUGUGUGUGCCCAUAUGCGGUCUGUGUGCGUCGGUGGGAGAGACAGAGAGAGAAAGACAGAAACAGAACGAUAGAGUGCGUGUGCGUGUAUGAGAGAGUGAGACAUAAACGUUACAUGUCAAUAUGUGGAUAUGAAAGGGCGGUAGACAGCUUUUGAGUCGGAGACAACGAAUCAGAGUGUGUGCAUAUGUGUAUAUAUAUAUAUAUAUAUAUAUAUACACAUACAAAUAUAUGUAUUUGUGUGUGUGAGUGUGUGUAUGUAUAGAUAUUUAUAUAUAUGUAUGUGUGUAUCUAAUUAAACAUUGUGUGUAAGUGUGGAUGUGGGUGUUACCAUUAAUUCAUUCUCCCUGUUCCUCAACUGUCCCUCACCCUGGUCCCGACACUUACGUACAUAUCAGAUAUUAUCUUGACACACCCACACCCACACACACACACACACACACACACACACACACACACACACACACAUACAUAUGUACACGACAAACAGCGUUAUCAACAAUACCACCAGCAGCAGUAGCAGCAUGAUCCACGUUAGUAAAUAAAUCAACUGGUGUGUGUGUGUGUGUGUGUGUGUGUGUGUGUGUGUGUGUACGUGUAUGUGUGUAUGUGUGCGUGCGUGUGUGUGUAUGUGUGUGUGUGUGUGUGUGCGCAUGAAAUAUCCGUUGUGCAUAUUCACAAUACAUUCGCACACACUCACAUACACCCAUACACAUGUACUUACAAGCAUUCACAUCUAUAUCUAUAUAUGUGUGUGUUUAUCUAUAUAUAUACAUAUGUGUAUAUAUUUACACACACAUAAAUAUAUAUAUCUAUGUAUAAAUAUAUACUCAUUUAUACUUAUUCAUAAAAAAGAAACUACUAGUUAGCGUCUGUUACUCUCACACGUGUGGACUCAACUAUUCAUAACUGACACACACACACACAAACGCACACAUACAUACACAGACAUACAUUAUACAUAUAUACACACACACACAUAUAUAUAUAUAUAUAUAUACACACACACACACAUUCUUUUGUUUCAGUUUUGAGGCUGUGGCCAUGCUGGAGUACUAGACACGCACGCACACACACCCGUAUAUUAUAUUAUAUGUAUAUACAUAUAUAGCGUGAAAGAUAAGAAUAUGUAUAAUUAUAUAUACAUAGAGAUAUAUGUAUAUACAUCCUCUAACUACCGCCAACUACAAACAAACAAGGCAAUUUUCAAAUAAGAUUGUUAAAAGUUCUAAGUGUAGUAGCAUAGUUUUUGCUCUGGAUAUUUUUAUUGUUGCCGUUGUUGUUGUGGUUAGUGUUGCUGUAUUUGAAGUGGGGAUUACCUACUGAGUAACUCUAACACUUUAAUAUCGAUAGCUAGAUAGAUAGAUAGAUAGAUAGAUAGAUAGAUAGAUAGAUAGAUAGAUAGAUAGGUAGAUAGUGAGAAAGAGAGAGAGAGAGGGGAGGGAGAGUAUACGAAGUUGUGGACGAAGAAUAUGUUUAAAAGAAAAGAUUUACCCCCUUUAUUCCUUCUUCUGGUUCUUAUAUGUCUUAUCAUGGUGGCCCUCUCUCAGAUUUUGGUCGUGCGCCAAAGGAACCGGUUCCCGAUCUCCAUGCGGAAGCAAAUGCUCUUUGUACGCGGGCAGAAUGGUAUGUCCGCGAGCAGUGCAGCCAAAGAUCUUCAUUUUAUGUUUGGUUUCAAUAGCGAAAGUGAAAAGCUACUGAACGAAAUAUACGUAAGUCGAAUAGGUUCCUUAAUUCGACAAACUUCUAACAUGUCCAAACGUUUGGCCAACAACGCUCGAAAUUUCACGGUAAUUACAAACAAGAUCCACAAGAAAUCUUCCGAGGACAGUCAUAUUAGUAGUAGUAGUAGUAGUAAUAAUAAUAAUGAUAAUAAUAAAAGCGAUCGCCUUCUUAACUCAGGAGAAUCCCAGAAAAGUAGCCAGAACUUUGGCAGCAACAGCAUCAACAAGAACAGUAAUGUCGGUGCUAACACGAACAUAUCCAAAACAAACCGAAUAGUCGGAGAAAAAACCGAAAAUACGAACACACAAAACAACAACAACAACAACAACAGUAACCGAAGCAAUAAUAAUAAUAAUAAUAAUAAUAAUAAUAAUAAUGGUUAUAGUUCCGUCUUAACUUCUCGGAGUGAUUUAGAUCGCAUAUACGACAAUAUGAAUGGAAUUAAACAACUGCAUAUGGAACGGCCGGGGAAUACCACAAAUGGCUCUAGCAGUGUGGCCCAAUAUUGUCCGGAGGUACCACCUGACUUACAGGGAAAAAUGUUGGUGAAUUUCAAUCUUUCCGGAGAUGUACAGGUGAAUAAUAUUAAACUGAUGAACCCUGGCUUGAGAUCUGGAGGUACUUGGAAACCUACACAUUGCAUAUCACGGCACCGUGUAGCCAUUAUAAUUCCUUAUCGAGACAGGCAUCAACAUCUUUUGACAUUACUUUAUCACCUGGUACCAAUGCUUCGAAGACAACAACUGGAUUUCCGGAUUUUUGUUGUCGAACAAAAUGGAAAUGAAACAUUUAAUAAAGGACAUAUUAUGAAUGCAGCUUUUAAAGAAGCCUUAAAACUCUUCACAUUUCAUUGUUGUAUAUUCCAUGAUGUUGAUCUCAUUCCUGAAGACGACCGGAAUAUGUACUCCUGUCCAGAAUACCCUCGGCAUUUAUCUGUUGCUAUUGACGAAAUGGAAUACAGGCUAGCAUACUCAAUAUUAGUUGGUGGUGUUCUGAAUUUCAAAGUCGAACAUUUUCAAAUAGUGAAUGGAUAUUCAAAUUUGUACUGGGGCUGGGGAGCAGAAGAUGAUGACAUGGCUUACAGAAUACUUAAUAAAAGAUUAAAAAUAAUUCGCCCUCCAGCAGGAGUGGCAAGAUAUAAAAUGGUACGGCACGAAAAAAGAAAGCCUGCAAGUUGGGCAAAACGGAGCAAACUUUUGAGGACUGGGCGUAAAAGAGCUAAGUUUGAUGGACUAAAUAAUGUUAAAUACAAACUUAUCUUUUCUCAUGAGGAUGCUUUAUUCACACAUUUUAUGGUUGAUAUAGGACCAGCUCCAAAGAUGACAUAAUCUUCGCACUUGGAAAAAAAAGUGUUUUUGAAACUGAAGAAAUUUUAGGCUAAUUGGUUUAUUUCACACACACACACACACACACACACAAACACAUA